AGCAUGACGACAUUACUCUAGCCAUGGUUGACACUAGUGUUGUCAAAAUAUACAAGCGUCUACCCUGUCAAGUGAUAAGCCACACUUCAAUUAAAUUCAUGUUCUAUAUUUAAGUCAAAGACUGCACCAUCAAUUGAAGUAUUGUAAUGACGCCAUCAAAUGAUGUGUGCUGAUCCAACGCAUGACACCAACAUAAACUGAGAGUAUUAGAAAGUGAAAAUGAAGAACAAUUGUGAUGACGUCACUUGUGAGCGCCCUGGAUCGUGUCUGGAAAUGGAACUCUUGCAAAUUGAUCACCAGGCUCAGAUCUACCACUUGCUAGAACUCAACACGAGCUCACUUAUUCAAGAAAGUGGCACUCAGCUUGGCAACAGCGAUUUAUUCAAUGCAUCUAGUUCGCCACAAAACUCAGCAAACUUUCCAUCGCUGGAAACGCAAGUCCAAACACAAGCGACAGACAUCUGGACGACUCAUUCUAAGCGAUGCAAAGACCCAGCCCUCCAAAACUCCAGUGUGACUGGGGGAGACAGUCACGUGAUCGGGGAUGUUGGGUUUCAGCUGCAAAGUUACAAAGCAAACUCUGACUGGCAGGGAGGGACAUUUAUUCCACCAGCUACUUGCUCAGAGGAAUUAGUGGUGCAGGCUACUCAGACAACUCAGACAACUCAGACUACGGUUAAAUGUUGCCAAAUUCUGAGCCUCGUUUUAGUGCUGCUAUUCUUCUGUCCUUGCGUUCCUCUCGCCUUGGUAGCGGCUUACAUCAAGGGAAUACAGUGGAAGAAGUUAUUUUAUUCGGACAAGAGUGUUGGGAACCUUACCGUUUGCAAUAUCCUAGUCAUCACUUUUGGCUUGAUGUUAUACGCAUUAAUUGGGUUUUUAAUAUGGUACAACAACGAACGAAUGGGUAAACCAGGUUUUACACUAAGUCAAAUCCCUUUCCACGUUGGUUUAUAAGACAGGGCCGGAUUUAAUUUAGUAGAGGUCCCCCGGCAGCACUAGGACCUAGAUUUAAUGUGAACUUUUAAAACUACCGUCUUUUUUGCGCAUAUUACACACACACACACACACACACACACACACGUGUAACCGGCACACCGGUAUACCCCCACACAAAUUACAAAAUAAGCAUCGGUGUUAUUUCUUUUCUUGAGGUAGACAUGUACAUGUGUACAUUUCACAACCACACAGCGAACUAUAGGAGGUGUACAUGUACAUGUGUACAUUUCACAACCACACAGCGAACUAUAGGAGGUGUACAUGUACACGUGUACAUUUCACAACCACACAGCGAACUAUAGGAGGUGUACAUGUACAUGUGUACAUUUCACAACCACACAGCGAACUAUAGGAGGUGUACAUGUACAUGUGUACAUUUCACAACCACACAGCGAACUAUAGGAGGUGUACAUGUACAUGUGUACGUUUCACAACCACGCAGCGAACUAUAGGAGGUGUACAUGUACAUGUGUACGUUUCACAACCACGCAGCGAACUAUAGGAGGUGUACAUGUACAUGUGUACGUUUCACAACCACGCAGCGAACUAUAGGAGGUGUACAUGUACAUGUGUACGUUUCACAACCACGCAGCGAACUAUAGGAGGUGUACAUGUACAUGUGUACGUUUCACAACCACGCAGCGAACUAUAGGAGGUGUACAUGUACAUGUGUACGUUUCACAACCACGCAGCGAACUAUAGGAGGUGUACAUGUACAUGUGUACGUUUCACAACCACGCAGCGAACUAUAGGAGGUGUACAUGUACAUGUGUACGUUUCACAACCACGCAGCGAACUAUAGGAGGUGUACAUGUACAUGUGUACGUUUCACAACCACGCAGCGAACUAUAGGAGGUGUACAUGUACAUGUGUACGUUUCACAACCACGCAGCGAACUAUAGGAGGUGUACAUGUACAUGUGUACGUUUCACAACCACGCAGCGAACUAUAGGAGGUGUACAUGUACAUGUGUACGUUUCACAACCACGCAGCGAACUAUAGGAGGUGUACAUGUACAUGUGUACGUUUCACAACCACGCAGCGAACUAUAGGAGGUGUACAUGUACAUGUGUACGUUUCACAACCACACAGCGAACUAUAGGAGGUGUACAUGUACACGUGUACAUUUCACAACCACACAGCGAACUAUAGGAGGUGUACAUGUACACGUGUACAUUUCACAACCACACAGCGAACUAUAGGAGGUGUACAUGUACAUGUGUACAUUUCACAACCACACAGCGAACUAUAGGAUGUUUACUUUCUUUAAUAUUAUUUUAUUUCAUAUGUAUUCAAACUCAUAUUUUGCUAUUAUUAUACAUCUUUUAAAUAAAUAUCACAAAGGUCGGGUAAUGAAUAUGUAAGUUUUCCAAGCUCAAAAAGAUUACAUUUUAUAGUACCGAAAAUUGACAGUCACUUGAAUCGUACAAAUUAAUACCACCAAUUGCAACAUUAAUUGUAAAAGGUUUAUAUUUUACAAAAUCGUGUCAGAAGAGAAUAAAAACAUUAUUCGUUAAACGUCAAAAUAUGUUACAUUUGUGGGAUUUAAAAAGGUUAGGAUUGUCACGCAUUUUAAUUCUCUGGUAUCUGAAAUACAUAUUGUCUUUUCCAACUUAAUAUUUAUGAGAAGUUGCUUUAACCACAUUUGUUGAUAUUAAGUAAAAAAAGGAACAGACGUGGAACAGGAUGUCAGAUAAAAUUAACAGCCAGGGAACCAAAUUCUAUAAUCUGUCAUCUCAGCACAUAGAUGCAACUACCAUAGUAAAGUGGGUGGGGUGGGGACGAGGGGUUACAAAAAUUAUAAAAAGGGGUACAACAUAGGUCAAAAGUUUGGGGAACACUGCUCUAGAUCUAGCCAAUCACAUCGCUUCGGUAUCUUUCAAAUAGGUCUCGAAGGUUUAGAUUCCUUCCUACAGUGUCUGCCAGAUAUAUGAUAGUCAUUAGUAUAGUCUCAUGCACUUUCGAUAGACUUAAAUAACUAUCUAGAUCUAGACUCUGCCCCCCUCCCCCCAAAAAAAAAAGUCAAUAGGCUGCGUGCAGAGACGGCCUUAUCAGUGCGCGGGGCCAUGGUCGAGUGUCAUAUUAGGGCAGUGGCGUAGCUAGCAAUGUGCGGGUGGUACGGUCCGCACGGGGCAUCAAGUGGAGGGGGGGGCAUCAAACCGAGGACAAACUUUCACAGUAAAACUACACAUUGUAAUUACAUAAAUACCAACAAGAACAUGUAUUAAUUUUGUUAAUUUGUUAUGUCCUUUAUUAUUUCUUAAAUUAAAUGUAAGUUGUAGACCAGCUUGAAUUAAAUUAUACCAGAUUUGUUUAAAUGUCUGAAAGCAAUGCAAUUAUAAUUUUUUUUUUGUUGAAGUUUUACAUGAUAUAACUUCAUUGUUCAAUGCACUGGUUAUGGA